AUGGACGUCGAGCAAUACGCUAUCGACAACAAGAGCGAGACUAAGAUCGCCCAGGUCCAAGAUGAAGCCUGGGUCGACCCGCAGGCCGAGCGCCGCCUCCUCUGGAAAAUGGACCUACACCUUGUCCCAAUCCUCUGGGUCAUGUGGACGUUCUCCAACCUCGACCGCUCCAACAUCGGUAACGCCUAUGCUGGCGGUAUGAAGGAAUCUCUGAAAAUGAGCAGCACCGACUACUCAGUCGCCUUGCUUGUCUUCUUCAUUGGCUAUGUGGUAUUUGAGAUCCCGUCGAAUAUGAUCCUCGUACGCCUCCGGCCCUCCAUUUACUUGCCAGCUAUCAUGUUCUGGUGGGGCGGAGUAGCAAUCGCUCUGGCUGGAUGCAAGAACACGCCGUCACUCGCUGGCGUGCGCGUCAUUCUUGGACUGGCUGAAUCGGGAUUCGCCCCAGGCGUUCUAUACCUCCUCUCGACAUGGUAUAAGAAAAAGGAACUCGCACGCCGCUACACCCUCUUCUGGCUCGGCACACCAGUUAGCGGCAUGGUCGGCGGUAUUCUCGCCGGAGCGAUUAUCGAGCGCAUGGAGGGCGUCUCGGGACUGCACGGUUGGCAGUGGCUUUUCGUGAUCGAGGGUAUUGCGACAUGCGUUGUGGCGGUCGCGGCGGUCUUCAUCCUCCCAGACUACCCGACUACCACGCGCUGGCUCUCCGACGAGGAAAAGGAGUUGAUCGUGCGCCGCCUCAGCACCGAGAACCUCAACACGACAGGCGAGCACCUGGGCCACAUGGAGAGUCUGCGCCUCGCCUUUGCCGAUUGGCGCACUUACCUUUUCCUGUUCCUGUACGCCAUGGCGACAGGUUCCAUGACCAUCACCUACUUCAUUCCCACACUGGUCAAGGGUCUGGGCUACACGGGCUCGCAGACGCAGUACAUGACUGCUCCGAUCUACGCUGUCGGCAUUGUCAUUGUCCUCAUCGUCUGUUUCACCUCGGAUUACUUUGGCGAGCGUGGCUUCUACGUCGUCGGAGCAGGUCUCAUCGGGUCCAUCUGCUUCGCCGUCAUCAUGGGCGUCACCAACCGUAUUGUGCAGUACGUCUUCCUCUGCUUUGGCCUCGCUUGCAUCUUCUCAAGCGUGCCCACGUUAUUGGUAUGGGCCUCGAAUGAGAUUUCACACCCUCGCGAAAAACGCGCCAUUAUCCAGGCAGCCAUGAACGUCGCUGGAAACCUCGCAUCCAUCUACGGAGCGUUCCUGUGGCCGGCAUCGGAUGCGCCCAGGUACCUUACGGGCUGGGGGUGCACGCUCGCGUUCGUGUUCACUAUGGCCGCAGUUGCGUUCGCGUCCCGCACUCUGUUCAAGAAACACCCAUACCCCGAGGCCUAA